AUGAGCGCGGACGCGGCGGCCGGGGCGCCCCUGCCCCGGCUCUGCUGCCUGGAGAAGGGUCCGAACGGCUACGGCUUCCACCUGCACGGGGAAAAGGGCAAGGUAGGCCAGUACAUCCGGCUGGUGGAGCCCGGCUCGCCGGCCGAGAAGUCGGGACUGCUGGCCGGAGACCGGCUAGUGGAGGUGAACGGCGAGAACGUGGAGAAGGAGACCCACCAGCAGGUGGUGAACCGCAUCCGUGCCGCCCUCAACUCCGUGCGCCUGCUGGUGGUCGACCCGGAGACCGACGAGCGGCUGCAGAAGUUGGGCGUCCAGGUCCGGGAGGAGAUGCUGCGUGCCCAGGAAGGACCCGGGCAGGCCGAACCGCCGGCCGCCGCCGGCGAGGAGCGGGGGGCUGGCGGCGAAAAUGAGCCGCCGUCCGCCGCGCCAGAGCCUCGAGAGGCCGAGCAGAGCCAUCAGGAGCGGCGCGAGCUUCGGCCUCGGCUCUGUGCCAUGAAGAAGGGCCCCAAUGGUUACGGCUUCAACCUGCACAGCGACAAGUCCAAGCCAGGCCAGUUCAUCCGGGCGGUGGACCCAGACUCUCCUGCCGAGGCCUCGGGGCUCCGGGCCCAGGACCGCAUCGUGGAGGUGAACGGGGUCUGCGUGGAGGGCAAGCCGCACGGGGAGGUGGUGUCUGCCAUCAAGGCCGGCGGGGACGAGGCCAAGCUGCUGGUGGUGGACAGGGAGACGGACGAGUUCUUCAAGAAAUGCAAAGUGAUCCCGUCACAGGAACACCUGCAAGGUCCCUUGCCUGAGCCCAUUACCAAUGGGGAGAUCGAGAAGAACAGUCCUGAAGCCCUGGCCGAGACGGCCUCCGAGAGCCCCGUGCCACCCCUGGCAAGAACCGCCUCCAGUGACACCAUCGAGGAGCUGAAUUCCCAAGACAGCCCCAAGAAACAAGACUCCACGGCACCCUCAUCUACCUCCUCCUCAUCCUCCGACCCCAUCCUGGACUUCAACAUCUCCCUGGCCGUGGCCAAAGAGAGGGCCCACCAGAAGCGCGUCAGCAAACGGGCCCCGCAGAUGGACUGGAGCAAGAAAAACGAACUCUUCAGCAACCUCUGA